AUUGAGAGAGGGCGAGGAAGAAACAACAGUUUAGGCACGCAACAUGCGUGACUGUGAUUCCAUCUGACAUGAGUACAUGUCAGCUUAAGCUUUUCCAGGGAAACGUAUCUGGACUUCGCCAUUAUUCCAUUCAAAACAUUCAAGCUUCACAUGAGAGGGUGAAAGGUCUAAUAGUCUCGUCAUAAAGUCCAUAAAGUAUUACACGAGUGACACCGGACGGAAAUGUCUCGACGUAACUACCCCUCCCCACUCCGUAGAGCUUUUGUCGCAUCUUCUGAGCCGGCCAGGUGAAUCUAAACAAGACGAAAAUGGACUCGUUAAAGUUCGUGGCUGCAAAGGUAAAACAUAGCCCUCAAGUCAUAAGAAAGACGUUUUCUAGCUCGCACAGUCCGUAUGCCAAGGUACUAGAAGGAGAGAAGAGCAAAGGUAAACUCCAAGAGGACUGGCUUCAUGCUGAAGACUCGCUGAAAGAAGGGAUUCACUUUUAUGUCAAGAUGCUCGGAUCUUGUCCUGUAUUUCAAGCUCAGGGUUCAGGCUGCACAGAUGAAGCUGUACAGAAAAUUGUGUCAAACGCUAAGAAGGCAAAGAACACUCCUGCUAGUGGAAGCCUUCAAAAGGUUUUGAUCACUGUUUCAAUCCGGAAGCUCACUGUUCAAGAUAUGCUUUCAAAGGAAACAAUUAUGGAUCUUCCAAUUUAUCGGAUUUCGUACUGUGUGGCAGAUCCUUACUUUUCCAAAGUGUUUGCGUUUAUUUCUCGGGCGCAAGGCAGACAAGAUUUAACCUGUUACGCUUUCCUAUGCAGUAAAGAAUCAAUGGCCCAAGCUAUGGCGUUGACUAUCGCCGAUGCCUUCAAACUUGCCUAUGAAAAUCACGAGAAAGGGAAAGCCGACAAAAGUCACCAGAGUUCACGAGUUGCACAGGACGACAACAAGGAAAAUGCUCAGCAUGUCAAGCCUGUGGUGAAUCACGGUAACAUUGAGGCUUUGUACGCGACCCCCGUGAAAACGAAGGCUCCUCAGCUGGCUGCACCGGUCAUUCAGGUCAGCGGAGAAUCUUCCUCAGCGACUGCAGUGGAGGAUUCCAGCACGAAAAUGCAAGCUUUGGUAAUUUAUCGGUUGGAUUAUUAUCAAUUGCUUAUUAAUAAAUUCUCAUACCAAAGCUACUUUCUUGCCUUAAUUUACAGCAGAAGCCUAGAAUUUCGUUCGAUAAGUCCUGAACAAGGCUAGGCUUUGCGUGUGAAUGAAUGUAUGAAUGAAUGAAUGAACGAAGGAACGCAUGAAUGAAGUUUAGUAAUCUGUCUAAAAGUACCUAGCAGAGGAAAACCC